AUGGUGCUUCUGACCAUUAUAGCAAACUGUGUAGUGCUCGCCUUGGAGGAACACCUUCCUGAGGAAGACAAGACUCCGCUAGCUGUACAAUUAGAUGCCACGGAAGUCUACUUCUUGGGGAUAUUUUGUGUAGAAGCAAUGCUUAAAAUUGUAGCUCUAGGAUUCGUGUUACAUAAAGGAUCUUACCUACGCAACGUGUGGAACAUAAUGGAUUUUAUAGUAGUUGUUACUGGGUUUAUCACCUUGGUGCAUUCCUCCAGCAAGAAGAGCUCCUCAUUUGACCUGCGGACUCUGCGGGCGGUUAGGGUGCUUCGGCCCCUCAAGUUGGUGUCGGGCAUUCCAAGUUUACAAGUAGUAUUGAAGUCCAUUAUAAGAGCCAUGGCUCCUUUGUUACAAGUGUGUUUAUUGGUGCUUUUUGCAAUUAUCAUCUUUGCCAUCAUUGGCCUAGAAUUCUAUGCUGGUGCUUUCCAUUUUGCCUGCUUCAGAGAUGAUACUACCUCCAGAACAGAAGAUGACAUUGACAGUGGAGAUGAAGAGAGUAUACGACCAUGUGCAAACAAUCCCAAUUCAGGAGGAUUUAAAUGCCAACUAAACAUAUCACACUGUGAGCUAGGCUGGCGAGGACCCAAUUCUGGGAUUACUAGUUUUGACAAUAUAGGAUAUGCUAUGUUAACUGUGUUUCAGUGCAUUACCAUGGAGGGGUGGACUUCAGUAUUGUAUUAUACAAAUGAUGCCUUAGGAAGCAGCUUCAAUUUUUUAUAUUUUAUACCUCUCAUCAUCUUGGGAUCGUUUUUCAUGCUGAACUUAGUUCUUGGAGUCCUCAGUGGAGAAUUUGCCAAGGAAAGAGAACGUGUAGAGAACCGUCGAGCUUUCUUCAAGUUGAGGAGACAACAACAGAUAGAGAGAGAACUCAAUGGUUAUCUGGAGUGGAUAUGCAAAGCUGAAGUCAUUUUAUCCGAGGAUAAAACCACAGAUGAAGAAAAAAUUAAAAUUAUUGAAGCUCGUCGAAGGGCAGCAGCUCGGAAGGUGAAGCAGCUGAAGGGAGAAGACACGGAUGAUGACAACACGGAGCCGAUCGAUGAUGACUUACUGGUGGAGAUGGCAUUAGGACCACCGUUUGCUAGAACCAUCAAAAAUAGAAAAUACCAAGGCAGAUUUGGUUCAUUUUGGAGAUCUGAGAAAAACUUUAGGUUUUCUGUUCGGCGCUUAGUGAAGAGUCAAUUUUUUUAUUGGAUAGUCAUAGUUUUAGUGUUUCUCAAUACAGCGUGUGUCGCAUCAGAGCACUACGGGCAACCACAGUGGCACACAGAUUUCUUGUAUUAUAUGGAGUAUGUGUUUCUAGGUUUGUUUAUAUCUGAAAUGUUCAUCAAAAUGUAUGGAGUGGGUGCGCGCAUGUAUUUCAAGUCAUCAUUCAAUGUCUUCGACUGUGUGGUAGUGAUUGGCAGCAUCAUAGAGGUCAUUUGGUCUGAGUUCAAGGAUGGAUCAUUCGGUAUCAGUGUUCUAAGAGCACUGAGACUUCUUAGGAUUUUCAAAGUGACCAGAUACUGGUCGUCUCUACGUAACUUAGUCAUCUCACUUCUUAGCAGUAUGCGUUCCAUUGUGAGCUUGUUGUUUCUGCUGUUCCUCUUCAUUCUCAUCUUUGCCUUACUUGGAAUGCAGUUGUUUGGAGGAGAAAUGAAUUUUCCAGAUGGCCGACCUCCAAGCCAUUUUGAUACAUUUCCGAUUGCACUACUAACAGUAUUUCAGAUAUUAACUGGAGAAGAUUGGAAUGAAGUGAUGUAUAACGGAAUCCGGGCUCACGGUGGGACAGACAAAGGCAUGAUUUUCUGCCUCUACUUCAUUGUGCUGGUGCUCUUUGGUAACUAUACACUGCUGAAUGUAUUCUUGGCCAUUGCUGUAGACAACCUGGCAAAUGCUCAGGAGCUUACUGCUGCAGAGGAGGAACAAGCAGCAGAAGAAGAAGCGCAAAAGAAAGAACAAGAACUGAAGGACUCGGCAGCUCUCGAUUACUCGCUAAAUGCUCCCAGCUCCGGUCCUCCACUCGUAAACAUCUGCCCGCCGUCGCCACAGAACAAUGAAGACUGCAAAACAGGAAACUUUAACUACAUUAAUUUCAGUAGUGGCAGCCGUGACAUUAACCUCAGUCAAAACAACCUCAAAGACAACCGUGAUAAGCACGUCAUCAUGGACAUGGACACGAAGCACACCAAUAACCUCGAUGAUGAUGAUGAUAACGCUAACAAGAAGGCUAAAGGAGUAAGUGUAACGAGCAGUAGUACCCUGGAGGUGCGACCUAAAACAGAACAAAAUGCCUUUGGAAACCCUAAACCCAUGUUGCCUUACAGUUCCAUGUUCAUCUUUGGACCAACCAAUCCAAUUCGCCGUUUCUGCCACUUCGUGGUAAACUUGCGGUACUUUGAUCUGUUCAUCAUGAUCGUGAUCUGCGCCAGCAGUGUGGCGCUGGCUGCUGAGGAUCCCGUCAGAGAGGCGUCGUUCCGCAACCAAAUUCUCAACUACUUCGACUUCAUCUUCACCGGAGUCUUCACCAUAGAAAUGAUCCUUAAAGUCAUAGAUUUAGGUGUAGUUCUACAUCCUGGUUCUUACUGUCGUGAUCUCUGGAAUAUCCUUGAUGCUACAGUUGUCAUCUGUGCCCUGGUGGCAUUUGCAUUCAGGAUUGUUGUGUUCACUACUGGCAGCAGGGGAGAUUCAGGGAAUGCUGGGAAGAAUCUGAAUACAAUCAAGUCUUUGAGAGUUCUGCGUGUCCUGCGACCACUGAAAACUAUUAACAGAGUACCAAAACUGAAGGCUGUGUUUGAUUGUGUGGUGCACUCACUGAAGAACGUCUCGCAGAUUCUUGUGGUGUAUAUGCUGUUCCAGUUCAUCUUUGCUGUCAUUGCUGUCCAGCUCUUCAACGGGAAAUUCUUCUACUGCACAGACGAGUCAAAACACUUAAAAAGAGAAUGCCAGGGCCAGUAUUUUCUCUACGACCACUCAGAAACGCCAACGGUGAAGGAUCGAGAAUGGCUACGACGUGACUUCCACUAUGACAACAUCUUAAUGGCCAUGCUGACGCUGUUUACUGUUACGACGGGAGAAGGGUGGCCAGGAAUACUGAAGAAUUCAAUGGAUUCCACUAUGGAGAACGAAGGACCGAAACCCGGAUUCCGAAUGGAGAUGGCCAUAUUUUACGUUGUGUUCUUCAUCGUCUUUCCUUUCUUCUUUGUAAACAUUUUUGUGGCCUUGAUUAUCAUCACAUUCCAGGAGCAGGGAGAAAAUGAACUAGUUGAUCAAGACAUGGAUAAAAAUCAGAAACAGUGUAUAGAUUUUGCCAUCAAUGCAAAGCCACUGUGCCGAUUCAUGCCAAAAAACAAAACAUCUUUACGGUAUAAGAUUUGGAAGAUAGUCAUGUGUCCAAAGUUUGAGUAUUUCAUCAUGACACUCAUUGCUCUCAAUACUAUUGUAUUAAUGAUGAAGUAUCAUGGACAGCAUGGUGUUUAUGUUGACGUUGGCAAAAAUCUCAAUAUAACGUUUACCUGUUGCUUCACGGUUGAAUGCAUACUCAAGCUGUUUGGUCUUGGUCCCAGGAAUUACUUCCGUGACUCGUGGAAUGUGUUUGAUUUUGUGACGGUAAUAGGCAGCAUCAUUGAUGUCAUCAUCACAGCUAAUUCUGCAUCUAGUGUCAGUUUUGGAUUCUUUCGGCUGUUCCGUGCAGCCCGUCUAGUGAAGCUGCUGCGUCAGGGAAAAACCAUUCGACUACUUCUGUGGACUUUCUUUCAAUCCUUUAAGGCUUUACCAUAUGUGUGCCUACUGAUCCUCAUGUUGUUCUUCAUAUAUGCCAUUAUUGGGAUGCAAGUUUUUGGAAAUAUCAAGUUAGAUUCCAAAACAGAUAUAAACAGACACAACAACUUUAGAACAUUCUUUCAAGCUUUAAUAUUAUUAUUCCGGUGUGCUACAGGUGAGAACUGGCAACAGAUAAUGUUGUCGUGUUUGCCGGGUCGACCGUGUGACCCGGAAUCGUAUUCUCCAGAAGACGUUGGACGGGAGAACGGCUGUGGUCUCAGCAUUGCUUACUUCUACUUCGUGUCUUUUAUCUUUCUUUGCUCAUUUUUGAUGUUGAACUUGUUUGUGGCUGUUAUCAUGGACAAUUUUGACUAUCUCACUCGAGAUUCAUCCAUCCUUGGUCCCCAUCAUCUUGACGAGUAUAGCCGGGUUUGGGCAGAGUAUGACCCUGCUGCUACUGGCAGAAUUCACUAUACUGAUAUGUAUGAAAUGUUACGAAAUAUGGAGCCGCCAGUUGGAUUUGGGAAAAAGUGCCCCUACAGAUUAGCUUACAGAAAAUUGAUACGGAUGAAUAUGCCGGUUGCUGAGGAUGGAACAGUGCACUUCAAAACAACCCUGUUCGCCCUCAUCCGCGAGUCUCUAAUGGUUAAAACUGGUCCAGCUGAGGAGAUGGAUAGGAAAGAUGAAGAGAUGAGAGAAGUUAUCCGAGUAAUGUGGCCAGUUCAAGCCAAAAAACUUUUAGAUUUACUCAUGCCACCAAAUAGUGAACUGAAUGAAGGCAAAAUGACUGUUGGGAAGAUCUAUGCAGGUCUACUGGUGGUGGAGAACUGGAAAGCCUACAAGGUCAGCCAGACGUCUUCCUCCAACACACGAAUGGAAGAAAAAGAUGAGCAACAAGAUGAAGAGUACUUUGUAAGAAAACGCCCAAGGAGACACUCUUACCAGUAUUACCCUCCAGAACAGCACAGGGUGGUCAAUGAUUCCCGCACUGUAGCAAAAAUAAAUGAUGCUUACAUUCCUGACACUGAUGCGGUGAGAAAUCAUGUACCGAAUCAUGUGUCAGAUCAUGUACCAGAUCAGAUACCGGAUAAUGGACCUCACGCACCAAGUGGUGAAACUACCGGUGUUGAUGAGCAGCGGCCACCAUCUUUGUUUCAACGCCUGAUGGGUGCGAUGCGGACUCCGUCUGCUCGUUCCAGUGCUUCCCUUGAUUCUGAGCACUCUGAUGGAGACAACGUGUCAGAGGGAGGACACAGUAUCGAUAAAGGCCACAACUGGAACAGAUCGUUCAGUUUUCUCCGUCGUGGAAGCAGCAAACGGAACCGUGAUGGUGACUCUUCCAGUGUACAGGGUCACCGAGGCUAUCAAGGUGGAUAUCAUAAUAAUUCUUAUGUCAUUGAUGAACGAGAUGAAUAUUUAGAUGAGGCACGAAGUCAGCUAGACGUGGGUCGACGUGCAGCCCAUUCACCGUCAACACCGGUGUCCCCGAUGUCGCCGCGGUCUCACAGUCCUUACGGGUCUCCGCGGGCAUCGCCCCUUCCCCAGCGCCGGUCACCAUCGCCACGGAGAUCCGAUGUCGGAUUCGCAUCGGCGGUCUCCAACCUGGUAGAACAAGCUCACACUAUAGCAGAACAGGACAGACGUAAGCAGUACGGCCACCGACACGAUGACAGUUUGAGUGUUCCGACAUCCCCCCAGCUGAGAACCAGUCGUAGCCGGUCCCGCAUCGUCCGGCCCCCUCUCCAACAGCAGCCUCAGGUCGCUGGAUCCCCCCGCCCCACUCGGCGCGACCGGGAAGCCGGUUUCUUCAGAUCUACGUCUCUAGAAAACCGGUCCCGAAGUCCAUCGCCCAAACUGAAUGACGAGUCUCCACAGCUUGAGUACUAUGGCUCGUCCAACCUCAUAGACCGAUCUCGCAGUCCCAGCCCCCUCCAGUCUCCCCCGAAACGGACCGGUCGCAAGCUGCCGCCGGUUCCAGCCAAGCCGUCGUCGCUGAACCUUGCUCAACCCAAGCUGAAGGAAUCGAUGCCGAAGGUGAUGCCAUCUCCGACCCUGCCUCAGCCGCCACGUAGUCCCGGCAGCAUCAACUUCCCAAAGUUGAACUCGUCACCAACACAUCUUCCGAAAUUGAACAUCCCGCCCAACUCUUCUUCUUCUUCUUCUUCUUCGCAUGUGCCACCACCUGGCAGGCUGGGGCGGCCCGAGCCAUACAGUCCCACGGAGCGAAACAAUCUGAACAAAGUGUCCAAGCGGCAGGCACAGACACUUCCCCCCAUUGCCGCUGCUGCUGCUGCUCACAGAACUACUGGUAGUGCUUUCCAUGGCGACCCGUCGCCGUCGUGGAACCGCGAACAUGUGUCGGGAGGACGCGGUAGAGCGUCCGAUCCAAGGACGGGUGAUAGGAGUAGAAUCUUAGCCAAUCAGUUCGGGGACGCUCCCCCGGACCCCGUGCAUGGACCUGCCCCGAGAAGUGCGGCCACACUUCCCAACGGGCUUAAACCAAAAGGCAGAGGGGGUGCGUCUAGGAAAGCAGAGAAGUAUGAAAUGCACAGUGAGAGUAAUAUUCCAGUACGACAUGAGUCGGAUGAAGAUGAGGAUGACUGGUGUUGAUUGAUGGGUGGUGUGGGUUUUUUUUUACUGUAGAACAGUUAUUUACCUUUGUAGAACAGCUGUGUCAUGUCCAUUCCAUUCAUAUGUGUAUUUGUUCAUCAGUGUGUGUGUGUGUGUGUGUGUGCAAAAAAAGAAAUACUCCAAAUACUUCCAGCAAAAAAAAUACAAUCCAUCACAUCUUUAAGAGUGAACAAGGUCCAAGUUAACGGAGCCAACAGCAAGUGUACAAAGGAUCUAACGGUCUCAACACGGUCUUCUUGUCUGGAUGAAGUAUCGAUCUGCAUGUGUACAGAUUUUUCAAGUUUUUUUUAGUGGGUUUUUUUCUCUAACUACUUGUAGCUAGCUGUCGGUUGUUAAUGAGCAGAAUAUGACCCAAAAGUGCUUUAUUCCUAAGCAAUGCUCAAUGGAAUGCAUUUGUUAUGUAUAAGUGGGCUGGGUUUUUUAGAGGAUUAAAGAGAAAAACAAAGCCCACAUGCAAGACUAAAUUAUAACUAUUUGUAGAGCAUCAUUCUGAACAAAUGGAAAUAAAUGUGUGUGAAAAUUAAAUGUGCUGUGACUUUUUUUAAUCAUACAUGUUAUAUUCAUAACAAUCUCACCCAGUUCGGUGUUCUCUGGUGGACACUGUUUAUUAUAUGAAAAUGCAAAGUCAGUAUUUGCAUUUCGUAUUGGGACAUUUUAACUCCAGUAAAGGACUACGCACUGAUUUAUUACACAGUCUUUCAUUCUUGUUAACACUAUGUUGGUUUAUUGUACAUAUUCUAGUGAACUGUUUAUAUUGUGUAGCUUAUUUAUUCAUUUAUUUGUUAAUUUAUUUAUUUAUUUAUUAAAUUAUAAAACAAAAUGUACUGUAUUGUAGUAUUUGAAAGUUUAUUAUUGAUAAUAUUUAUUGAAGGUUGAUGGUUUUCAUCUGUUUUAUUUAAAAUAUAUAUAGUUUAUGUAGCACAAACUAUUUGCUGAACACUGAAUUAUAAUGAAUUAUUAGUGACUUUAAGAUGUAGUAUUGGACCAGAUCGAUUAACUAUUAACAACUUAAAGCUUAAAGAUGUAGCUCUGUUAUUUUAAUGAUAUUAUGCUAAUAUUUCAUUACUAUAGCUUACAUAAAAGAAGUGAGAUAUCAAAUAAAUUAAAAAUUGAUACUUGAGAAAAAAUUAGCAAGUUGUGUACCAGCACAAACAAGCAAACAAAAAUGGUUACAUUUUUUAAAAUUAAUUUCUUUUUCAUUGACUUAAGUCAAACUGCAAAUUUUGGUGCUGUUUUUCUGUUACAUAUGCAAACUUCAUAUAGUUGAUGUUAAAGACAUAAAGGGAAUCUCAAAUCGGAUUUAUUCUGUAAUAAAUGUUUUUUUCAUCUAUAUUGGCCUGACUCUUAUCAUUACAUGGCAAACCAUGGUAACUCUACUCAAGUGGAGAUAAGUCUGCAAAUUCUUUAUCUGUACUCCACCUCUGCCUUUGCAAAUCUGGUUGAAUCCACUGAAGUUCAAACUGUUGCCCUCUGUUGGAAAUUAAUUUGAAACAUUUACUUUUACCCUUGAAUGGUAUUCUAACUAACCAGGAUUUUGACAAUGAAGUUUCAGAUGUUUAUGAUAAACAUGGAUAUAAAAACAAAUGAUUAUAUUCUAUGCAUAUACAUGUAUAUCAGUAUUCCUAAUCUUUUUAGAUGUAAGCUUUUAAGCAACUAGACAUCCAUACACCAAAAUAGUGGGGUUUGUUUUUCAAUGUUUAUAAAUAUAUAUAUUUUUGUUUUAAAACAUACAACAAAAUAGUGGUGUUUCUUUUUUAAUGUUUAUAAAUACAUUUUCCAGUGCCAAUUGCUAGCAAACAUAAUUGUACCAUGGCAGAGGUGGAGUAUAAAUACAGAAUAGUAAUCAAAUUCUAGAUGAAUGUUUGGAUGAUAAAUAGUUUUUAUCAGUUUAUAGUUCAUUUGCUGAAAGGUAUGAAGGUAAACAAUGGUGUAUUGAGGAACAUUUUCUUUGUUUUACAAUGUACCGGUACUGCAUUUGUGUAGACCAGUAUCCUAGAUCUAUAUACACUAAUUAUAUUGCCAAGUUCGUAUGUUUGGAACGCACAAUCUCAAUAGUAUGAAAUAUUUAUAGAUGCCAAACUGUCAUACAUAUAGUUUAUUGCUUGCAGUUUUCAACCCUCAAGUCUAUAAGUGGUCACUAAAAGCAGGGUUAGUUCUGACACUUGCCAAGUUCACCAAUUGUGAAUUUUCAAAGCAAUUGGUGAAUUUUAUUUUCAUUUGGCGAAUAAAUUCUAUGUAAUAAUUGUUAUUUUAUUAGAAAAUAACUGGGUUUUUGCAAUUAUUGAAGAUAAAAUAGAGGAUUUGGCGAAAAGUUCUGCUUACCCAAAGCUAGCCAUGAAAAGUAUGUAAAUACCCAAUUAACUUACAGGUUUAAGCAAUAAAGAGUUGCAGAUCUGAACUCUACAUAUAUUUUUACAUAAAAAUCAAUGUUCAAACCUUCAUGACUCCCAGAUAUACUCUAAUACAAAUCUUGAGUUCAGACUUGUUACAUUUGAGUCUUGAGGACCUUCUCGUUAGGUUUGUCUUGAAAUGACACAGUUAUGGUUUUGAGUCUUGAGUUCACCCUUUUUUGAGGUUUGAGUCCAGACACAUUAAGUUUUAAUUUCAAGUUCAGUCACUGUUUGAGUCUUAAGGUCAAUCUUGUUAUGUCUUGUAUUCCAACUUAUUAAUUUUGAGUAUAGUUGAGUUCAGACUUGUUACAUUUGAGUCUUGAGUUCAGACUUGUUACAUUUGAGUCUUGAGUUCAGACUACCAUGUUAAAUUUGAGUGACGAGUUCACACGUGUUACAUUUAAGCCUAGAGUCCAGGCUCCGUAUUCAUAAACACACUUAAGUCAAUGUAUGAUACCUAAAUACAUACUUAAAGUACACAGAUAAGUAUCAUACAUUCACUUAAGUACGUUUAUGAAUAUGGAGCCUGGGGCCUAAUUCAUUAAACUCUCGCAACUUUGCGAUCUCACAAUGCAAUAUUUAAAGACUUACAAAGAGGAUGCUUUGUUAUUUAGUAUUACCGGAAUCCUGGGCUUGUGUUUUUUGCUUUCUAUAAACUCAUUAAAACUUGUUUAUAAAGAUUAAUUCAGAGUCACUUUACUAAACUGAAUGCGGUCUUGGCAUUUCUACUCUAUUUUUUUUUUGCACUCAAAUUAGGUUAGUUUUGUUAAAUUGGUGUAUUUACAUUUUUAAACAUGUUACAUACGGCAUGUAUCUGAUGCAUUGUUGAUGGAUUGAUAGAAUUUGGAGUUUUACAAAGUCCUGAAUUAAUUUAGUUUUUCUGUUUGUUGUGAUAAUGUGCAUAAAACAUUUACUGUGAUUCUAACAGAAACAAUGUAGAGUAUCAGAAGGCUGUGUAGGUAUUUUUUGUCCACAUUCCAGACCAUGUGUCACAAACACAUGUAGUUGUUUCAUGCAUAACAAUUAACCAUUGGAUACACAGUGUGCUCAGCAAAACAUUCCUUUCAUUAUUCAGUCUGAAUGACAAAAACAUUAACACAUUCAAGCUUAUAUCUCUACACAAGACAAAUUGCAAAAGAUGUUUUGACAAAGUUCAAAAGAUAUGAUUAGCAAAAACAUUCAUUUUAUUACUCAAUCUGUUUUUGUCAUAAGAACUAGCCAAAGAUUAAAAAUGCACCUGGUUUACACCAGACAACGAAUGAAAAGUUUAGGACUGAAUAUCAGUAUAAUUCAGCAUUCAAUACUAAGGUAAAACAACAUCACUGUUUAAUUAAUAAAUACUUUUUGUGUUUUAAAAAUACUGAGGGCAAGCAUUCACAAUGUUUAGGGAUUUUUUUUCCACUGAUUUGAAAACUCCCAAGUUCAGAAUUAUUCCAUAUUGUCCAAAGAAUUGUUUGUUAUAAGUUGUUCAAAAAUGCACUUUGUUCAGCUGUUUGACACGUUUUAUUCCAGAAGACACCAAAAUAGAUGAUUGAGCCUAAAACAAAUUGUUUUUCUGGGAAACCAACCCCACCUAGGUAAAAAGGGCUGACCCUAAUUAGGUUUCCAAUGUAAUUAGGUUUUUUAAAAUUAAUAUGUAGAUAAAAAAAAGAGUACAUACAUAACAAUAUAUCUGGACCCAUAGGUAUGAAUGUAAUAAAAAUAAUAAUAAUAAAAAAGAAAGAAAAGAAAACUGACUUUUCUAACAAAAAUGUUUAAAACAUUUUUUAUUAUUUUUAUUUUUUUGUGCACAUUCCCUGAAACACAAUUUGUUUAGGCUUAAUGGAGACUCUUAUUCAAUACAAAUGUGAUAUUUGAAAAUCUGUUAAUUUACAAUUAUGUUUUCAGAUUCUAGGAUGAGAACUGUUUCUUGUUGUAUGUGUUUGCACUUGUAUGUAAAAAAGUAACUAACAUUUCCUGUGUUUAACAGUCAUCACCAAAGGAACUAUCAACAAGUGGUCUCAUAGGACAGGUGACUGCUUAAUUGAGGUUUGAGAGACACCAAAGUUGUUGUUGGCCUCUUAAGUUAGGUGGUCUCAGGACGGGUUAUGUCUUAAACCACAGUGGUGGAUCCACAACUUGUAAAAGGAAGGUAGAAAGUAGGCUUUAAUAUGUAACUUUAAUGGAAUGCCAUGCCUAAGAAAUGCGGUAGGCCAUUCGUCAUAUACAUACGGUAAUAGCAUUAGGGUAAGAUAUUUAACAUUAAGCGGAAUGCCAACUGCUAAAGGUAUGUGAUCCAGAGAAAAGGUCAUUGAACAUAGUCAUAAUGGAAAUUUUUCUUGCCCUUCCCAUUUGUUUUUAAAUGGAGAAAUCAGCACUUGAGACUGCUUAAUGAAGCUGUCUGUUUAGCAAUUUUGUCUAAGGGCAGUUUCAGACAUGAACUCAUUGAGAAGAGGGGGUAGCAUUUUGUUAUAUAUUAUUUACACUAUACCAUUAAAUUUGUGGCCUCUCUAAUCUAAUCAAGUACUGUUGGAGAACAAUCAGAGAUUCUGGCCUGGUGUUUAUAAAACAUUCAGAGUCUAAAACUCAAGACUAAUAGUUUGAGACAAUAAUGUGAUGACAAUGCCAUGCAAAUUGUAUGUGUGCGACGUCAUUAGAGACUGAGUCUGGACUCUAAAAGUGUUAUAAGCACGGGCCUUGGCCUAGUCAACGUUUUUGGCAAGAUAUACAUGUAGGUAUUUAUUUUUGGCAAGAUAUACAUGUAGGUAUUUAUUUUUUCCAACAGCAGCUGUGACCAUGAUGUUAAAUUUUGCAUUAAAGUUUUAGAUCAGUUUAUCUCAAACUUGGUUUAUAGUUUAAAGUUUAUGGUAGGUGAGUCAUUAAAUUCCAUGGGAUUCUUGUUAAUACAUUGUACAACAAAACUUAAAAUGUUUAUUCCACAAUGUGGAUGAGACAUUUUCUAUGAGUGUAGCUGCUACUUUUAUGUCACAACACAGCCAACAUAAAUAGAAGAAUGGUAAAAGGAAAGAAAAUUUCAUGUUUAACAUGGUUACAGGGGUGGAUCUAGGAAUGUUAUAUUAUUUCAUGUUUAACAUGGUUACAGGGGUGGAUCUAGGAAUGUUAUAUUAUUUCAUGUUUAACAUGGUUACAGGGGUGGAUCUAGGAAUGUUAUAUUAUUUCAUGUUUAACAUGGUUACAGGGGUGGAUCUAGGAAUGUUAUAUUAUUUCAUGUUUAACAUGGUUACAGGGGUGGAUCUAGGAAUGUUAUAUUAUUUUAUUUUUGUUGGGGAACUAAGGAUGAAAGGGCACAUGAACCAGCUCAUGAAAAGGGCAGACCAAUGAAUUUAAAAAAAAUAAAAACAGAAAAAAAGAGGCACUUGAAUUUAUUUAAGGGGACAGGGCCCUUGGAUCCCACCAUGAAUCUGCUUCUGGGUUAUUGUAACACUUUUUUCGAAAGAUAGAGAAGAAACCUGCUGCUACCGAUAAAGCAUCAAGAGAUUUUCUAUAGCAUUUUCCUAUGAAGGAAUUAUGAAUACAUAAAUGCAACCCCCUUCUCCUACCAAAUUGUUCAUUUUUGAAAACGUCCUUGGACAGUUGUUUUAGUUGCUAAUUUAAGCAUUCAAGUUAAAUGUUAACAUGUUUCAUUGUAGAAAUUAUAUGACUGUUAAUUUCAAUCACGACUGUAUUGAAGCUAACAAACAUCGUUGCAUGAUACUGUGUGUAUUUAAAAACAAUUUAAUAUUUUGAUUUUCUACUUCUCCAAUUUUACACUGUAAUAAGAUGUUAUGUCAUUAAUUUACAUAAUGUCUUAAAAGUCUUUUAAAACAUUUUUUUACCAUUUAAUGUUAUAUUCUCUGUAAUUUUUAAACAAUUACAGCUUUGUUUUAUGUCGGAUGGAAAUUUAAAUAUUAAAAAUAACUGGUGCAUCUUAUACUGGUUUAUCAUUAUCUGAUAUUAAAAUGUUUUUUUAAAAGGAACUAUUCAACAGUUACAUAAAGCAAAAUUUGGCAUUCCCUCUCCCCACCUUUCUGUAUAAUGUGGGAGUUUUAAUGCAAAGACCACUAUACCCGUCAUUGUGACAUAAUUUAAGAUAAUCUGUUUGCAUUUUUAUUUUUUGUUUCAUAUUAGUGAAGACAAGGUAAAAUGUUACUAAAUCUUACACGAUUGUUCAGGCAAUUUCCCCCUAAUUUUCCUAUAUGAAGAGUAAGUUGGGUCCAACGAUAGAGACCUAGGAAAUACUUUAAUGAGGGGACCAAGGACAAUAGGGUACAUGGACCACUUCCUGUAAAGGUCACCUUCCAGUGCCAAGUUGUAUUUGCCUCCUCCAAGUGCUGAAUUGACUCUGGGCACUCCCAGUGCUGAAUUGACUCUUCCCUCUCUCAGUGCUGAAUUGACAGUGCCCUCUCUCGGUGCUGAAUUGACUCUGCCUCUCUCGGUAUUGAAUUGACUCUGGCCUUUCUUAAUGCGGAAUUGAUUUUGUCAUUUUUGUGCUGAGUUGAGCCUGCCCUUUCUCAGUGCUGAAGUGUCUCUACCCUCUCUCAGUGCUGAAAUGACUCUGCCCUCCCCCAGUGCUGAGUUGAGUCUACGCUCUCUUGGUGCUGAGUUGACCCUGCCCUCUCUUAGUGCUGAGUUGACCCUGCCCUCACUCAGUGCUGAGUUAACCUUGCCCUCUGCCAGUGUGCUGAGUUAACCUUGCCCUCUCCCAGUGCUGAAUUGACUCUGCCCUCUCUCAGUGCUAAAUUGACUCUGUCCUCUCUCAGUGCUGAAUUGACUCUGCCCUCUCUCAGUGCUGAAUUGACUCUGCCCUCUCUCAGUGCUGAAUUGACUCUGCCCUCUCAGUGCUGAGUUGACUCUGGCCUCUCUUAAUGCGGAGUUGACUCUGGCCUCUCUUAAUGCGGAGUUGACCUUGCCCUCUCCCGGUGCUGAAUUGACUCUGGCCUCUCUCAGUGCUGAGUUGACUCUGCCCUCUCUCAGUGCUGAGUUGACUCUGCCCUUUCUUAAUGCAGAGUUGACCCUGCCUUCUCCCAGUGCUGAAUUGACUCUGCCCUCUCUCAGUGCUGAGUUGACUCUGGCCUCUCUUAAUGCAGAGUUGACCAUGCCCUCUCCCAAUGAUGAGUUGACUGCCAUCUCUCAGUGUCAAGUCAUGUCUCAUCUCUCUCAGUGCCGAGUUGACCCUGCCCUCGCUCAGGCCUGAGUUAACCCUGCCCUCUCUCAGGCCUGAGUUGACCCUGCUCUCUCUUUGUGCUGAGUUGACCCUGCCUUUUCUCAAUGCUGAAAUGACCCUGCCAUCCCUCAGUGUUAUGUAGAGUCUGCCCUCUCUCAAGGCUGAGGCAAUUCUGCCCUCUCCCAGUGUUGAGUCGACUUUACCUUCUCUCAGUGCUGAAUGUUCCCCUACCAAUGCUGAGUUGAAUCUGCCCUCUUCCAGUGUUGAGUCGACUUUACCCUCUCUCAGUGCUGAAUGUUCCCCUACCAAUGCUGAGUUGAAUCUGCCCUCUUCCAGUGUCAAGUUGUGCCUCCCCCCUGUGUUAAUGCUAAGUUGAGUCGGCCCCUACAGAUGCUGAGUUGAGUCAGCCACUAACAAUACUGAACUGAGUCUGCCCCCUACCAAUGCAGAGUUGUGUCUGCCCCUCUCUCAAUGCCAGGUUGAAUCCAUCAGGUCUUAAUUGUAGAAUGGGAAUUAGUUUUAAUCAAUCUAAGAUGCAUCCUUGAAUAAAAAACUAAAAAAAACCUGCAUGGAUGAUCCUAAAUGUUUUCUAUGCAAUUAGUCUGUAUGUCAGUUCACAAAUGUUUAGAGGUCGUGUCGUUGUCUUUAUUGUAUAUUGUGUACAUAUGAAAUCUUAUAUUUAUAAAUACAUUCACAUUAUAUUUAUAAAACAUUUCACCAUCCUUUGCUGAAUUGUUCAAAUUUUAUUCAUAAUCGAAUUUUGUGUAUAAUUUUAUGAGAACUGAAGUAACACAUUAAAUAUGUACAAAAUGACUAGAACAUAACAAUGGGAUUAAAAACGGCUCACAGUAGAGUUUACUUGCUAUUUGCAUUUCUUCAGUUCCAUAAAAUGGCUGAAGAAUUUUUUAUAUAUCUAUGUUUUUUUCUUAAAUUAUUGUAUACAUGUAUCUGUAAAAAUUUUGAAAAUACACUCAUAUACAACUUAAAUGCUUUGUAAUCAUAGCAAUGGCUAUGCUGCAAAGCGUGAAACCAAGUUGAAGUGUUGAACAUUUCAACUGUAAUUUCAUCAGUUGUCAUGCCCACCUCCAUUUAAUGUUUGUGCUCGGCACCCAUGGGUGAGCAAAUCAAAUGUUUCUCAAUUGCUUAUGUUUUUUUUCAGCAUCUUACUUAUGAUUACUUAUCAUCAGUGAAUUGUCAUUUUAUUCUUUUCAAAUCUCGCCUUACAAAAAUAAAAAAAAUUCAACAUUUA